AUGACGUUACUACAGAGGGUGUUUCUUCUUUCACUCGUCAGCCAUAGUGCUCUCGCUGCCCUGAUUACCAACCUGCCCGGAUCGCCUGCUGUCAACUUCAAGCAGUACUCUGGGUACUAUACUGUAGGAACAACAAAGAAUCACCAGCUGCACUACUGGUUCGUCGAAUCUCAAGGCAACCCCAGCACCGAUCCUCUUCUUGUGUGGUUAACUGGCGGACCAGGAUGUUCCGGCCUUUCCGCACUGCUAACUGAAUGGGGACCACUCAUGGUCAAUCCUGAUGGAGCAACACUCUGGGUGAAUCCGUACUCAUGGAACAAGAACGCUUCGAUUCUCACAUUAGAGGCGCCUGCGGGUGUUGGAUACUCGUUCGCCACUGACGGCAACGUUAAAACUGGUGAUGAUCAGGUGCCUGUUACGUGA